CGCGAAAGUUUACUUCAAGAACUUUGUAAACUUUUCCCAUUGAACAAACAUGUGUGUUAUUAUUGUGCUUAUGAUUUAAAUAAAAUUAAUGUUUAGAUAAAUUAGUGAAUAUGGAUUCACUAGAAGAGUCUGUAAAAAAGGAUUAUGAAAGAUGUAAAUAUAUUGUAAAAGUUUGGGAACAUAAAUUUCAAAAACAAAAUAAAAGGUUACCUUCAAAGUUAGAUAUUCGAGAAGCUAGUAAAGAAGUUCGUCAUGCAUAUAAAAAAUAUUUUCAAAUUAAAAGUUCAGUUUUGGAGCAAAGUUUUAUUGAUGUUGAUAUGGGUUUUGAAGAAAAUCCUGAAAGUAAACCAGCCACAUUAGAAGAAGAAAAUGAUCAGAAUGAAUUAAAUCAAUUAGAAUUGAUUGAAUCUGAAUUAAAAUCCCAUGAAAGUUUUGAAAAAAGUGAUACCUGGGGUUCCCAUUUAAAUCAAUCAAAAGAGAUAAAUGCAUUGCCUGAAAAAACAAACAUAACAGAAAAGCUAAACUCAAGCAUUACCAAGAAACUUUUUUGUGGGUCCAAAUUUGCCAAACGCAAUCCUAGAAAGUCAUUGUCCUUUAGUCAAAGAAAAAGUGAUAUUAGUAUAAAUAGUCCCAAUUCAUUUUCACAACCAAUAAUGUCUGAAAACAAUAUAAGUUUAAUGUCGCAAGAAAAUUCUCUUUCCCAAGAUGACAGUUUACUUAUUAAUAAUGUUAAAUAUGUUACACCAAAAGAAAUUAAUUCUACAAAAUCUGUUAAUAUUACCCAUUCUGCUUUGGCAAGUAGCUAUAAUAAAAAUUUAAAAACUGUUGAUAAAGGUUGGUUGAAAAGGGUAUCUGAGCAAAAUGGAAUUAAAAUUGAUAAAUCAGAAGGAGUUAUUAACCAUAUACAAAAACCAACUCUUCCAUCACAAUUUAGCAAAACAAUCGAUGACUUACCAAACAAUAUAGUCACACAAGUAGAUUGUGAUAGUGAUGUUAUAGAGGAAUCUGAUGAUGAGAAUACAUCAACAUUUAAUACACUUCAUGUUGCUAAAAAGAGAAGGAUUGAGGCUUUAAGCACAAAUGAUUUUAAUUUAAUUGGCGAAAAUUCACAAGCAAAUAAUCAAAAUUAUGCAGCACCUACUGAUAUGGUUACACAGGGACUGCCAAAUAAAAUUAAUGAAAAUAAUCAAAGUAAUUUAUGUAUAAGGGAAACUUUAGAAGAAGUGGGUUGCAUUGGUAAACAACAGGAAAAAGCAACAAUAAUAGGCACAAAUAUAUUACCUAAUCAAACAUUAGAAAAUAAUCAAAACAUUGGAAAUAAUCAAAGUAAUUUAUGUAUAGGGGAAACUUUGGAAGAAGUGGGUUGCAUUGGUAAACAACAGGAAAAAGCAACAUUAAUAGGCACAAAUAUAUUACCUAAUCAAACAUUAGAAAAAGUUAAUAGCAUUCCUAAGCAAAAGAAAAAAAAAAUAUCAACAAAGAGUACUUGUGUACAGAAAAGAAAAGGUGUUUCCAAAGAAAAAAAUGAUUCUGAAGAAAAUACAGGUUCCAAUAUAAAAAGACGAUCAUCCAGACACACUAAGAGUAAAGUUAGUUUACAGGAAUUGUCCAGUGGAGAGGAAGAUCCAUUUGCUUCAGAUACUAGUGAUUGUGAUCCUACAUUUUCCCUGGAUGAAUUAAAAGUAAAUAAAUUCAAUAACUUAGAUUUGUCAAAGGAAAUACCAACUUCAAAAACAAAUAAAAAAACUCCCAAAAUUAAAAAAUCUGUAAAAACUAAAAUUAAAAAGACACAAAUAGAAAAUCCCGUAGAAAAUAAUGACAAUGAGAAUACACCCUAUGACCUAGAAUUUUCAGUAAAACCAAGAAUUGUUGCUCCCAGAUACACUGACAUAAAAAAAGUAAUAGCUGGAAACAAGGUUAAAUUAAAGCCCCAAAAAAGUACUAUUGAAAAAAAUAAAAUUAACAAAGAACCAAAAGAUAAAAAACAGCAAGCUAUAGAAAAACUGGAAAAAAAAAUUUCGUCUGGCAAUUUAAAUGAAAAUUUUGUGAGGAUUAAUAUGAAGAAAAAAGUAUUUGUUCGUGGAAAAACUACUAUGAAUUUUAGCAGAUACAAAAAAACAAUGUGGAAAAACAAAAAGAAGUCAUUAGCAGGACCAGAAAUGGAUAUGGGUGGUUGUGAUGGUGGUGUGUUAACAUGCUUUAACUGUGGACAAACAGGUCAUUUUGCAAGAAAUUGUAAAACCUUAAAGGGUGAAGGUUUACUUCCUAAUAAUGCUACUUUAGAGGAGGAAGAAUGCUCUUUUCCAACUUUGGAAGAGGCUGCAGAAAUGGCCAGUCAAAGUGUUCUAAGCAUAAGAAAACCAAAUAUUGUUGUAAAUAAACAAUGCAGUAAAAAUGAAAACGAAACUUCAGAUUUAGAGUUAGAGAGUGCUAAUGAAGAAAAUUUGGAUGAUGCCUUUGAUGAUGAUCCCUUUGAUGAAGACCUUGAUGCAAAUUUAUUAUCUGAAGCCAUAAAAUUGGAAGAACAUGUCAAACAGUUAAAUGUUCAAUUAUACAUGGAUAAUGUUAAAACAGUUGAUCCACUUUAUCCACUUAAAACUGAUAUGUCAAUAAUAGACACACCUGAUGAAGUUUUUAAUGCUUUGAAUAAAUUUGGUCAUAACUUAUUCAAACCUGGGCAAGAACAAGCUGUAAUGAGAAUUUUGUCAGGCAAAUCUACUUUAGUUACGUUAAGCACAGGUUCUGGCAAAAGUUUAUGUUAUCAACUACCUGCUUAUUUGUAUGCUCAACGCGAGCCAUGCAUAUCUCUUAUUAUUUCUCCAUUGGUGUCCCUUAUGGAGGAUCAAGUCCAUGGCAUACCUUCGUUUUUAAAGGCUGCCUGCUUACACACGAAUCAGUCUAAAACUCAACGCGAAAAAGUUAUGGAAGCCUUGGGUUCCGGAAAUUUGGAUGUACUGCUUAUCUCCCCUGAAGCAGUUGUGGCAGGAGAAAAGCAAAGUGGAUUUGGAUCAUUGUUUAGGAAGUUACCGCCAAUAGCCUUCGCAUGUAUAGAUGAGGCUCACUGUGUAUCACAAUGGUCUCAUAAUUUCCGUCCUAGUUACCUUUUAAUUUGCAGAGUGUUGCGUGAAAGUUUAGGAGUAAAAACCAUUCUAGGUUUAACCGCAACAGCUACAAGAUCUACCUGUGAUAGCAUUAUAGAACAUUUAAAUAUUCCAGAUGGAAGAGAUGGCGUGAUUAGCGAUAUUCCACUACCUAAUAAUUUAAGUUUAACUGUAUCUAAAGAUGCCCAAAGAGACCAUGCCCUUUUGGGAUUGUUGUUAUCAGAGAGAUUUGCUAGUUGCAAGAGCAUAAUUGUUUACUGCACAAGGCGGGACGAAUGCGAGAGAGUGGCCUCAUUUUUAAGAACUAGCCUUAAGAAUGAAUCGGCUGUUGAACCCACUAACAAAAAGCGCAAACGUGUAAAUUUACAAGCAGAACCUUACCAUGCCGGUCUCUCGGCUAGCCGUAGAAGAACUAUACAAAACAAUUUUAUGUCGGGAGCUUUACGUAUAGUUGUUGCUACGGUAGCUUUUGGUAUGGGCAUAAAUAAAUCUGAUAUAAGGGCUGUCAUUCAUUUUAACAUGCCCAAAAGUUUUGAGAGCUAUGUUCAAGAAGUAGGCAGAGCUGGAAGGGAUGGUCUAGAAGCACAUUGCCAUUUAUUUUUGGAUUCUAAGGGUAAAGAUGAAGAUGAACUUCGUCGGCAUAUUCAUGCAAAUUCCAUUGAUCGCCAUGUGAUACGAAAGUUACUUCAAAAAAUUUUUGUCCCCUGCUCAUGCCAAAAUGAGUGUCCAAAACAUGAAGUAGGAUUUUCAAUAGAACAAACAGUAUCCUUUUUAGAUAUACCAGAAGAAAAUAUAUCAACUCUAUUAUGUUACUUGGAACUUCACAAAAACAAAUACAUACAACUUUUAAGUCCUGCAUACACCUGGUGCAAAGUAAUAUCAUAUGGUGGACCCAUGCUUAUAAGACAAGCUGCUAAAGAAUGUCCGCCACUGGCCAUGGCUUUAGCUUUGCAUAAAAAAAUCGAAAAUGAAGAUCCAAACACAUUAGAAUUUCCCAUUAUUGAUAUAGCUAGUGCCAUUGGGUGGGAAAGUGGUAUUUGUAAACAUAAAUUAAAGAAUUUGGAAUGGACUACUGUUAAUAACCAGCCUAAAAGAUCAUCUUUAAGCGUUGUAUUCUCGAAUCUUGGAUUUCGUUUGUUAGCACCAGGAAACCUUGAUGAUGAUCAAUUGGAUGAAGCCCUAGAUAGCUUAUACACAAGAGUGGUGGAUCAAGAACGCAUGGCCCUAUUACAAUUGAGAGCUGUUCAUGAAACCCUUGUAGAAGUUGCUGGUCCCACCUAUCGUACUUGUUUAGGCGAUGAAACUGAAAAUGUAAACAAACUGAAGAAUAAAGUAAGGGAGUAUUUUGAAUCAUCGGAUCCCCUGGGGUCUCUCCCCGAAAUAAAACCCAAACCUGUGAAUGAAGAACUCAUAAUUAAUGAUAUUAAAACUUUAAUUCAUAUGUAUAGAGAUAACUCUUUUACUGGAAGAGCUAUUGCAAGAAUAUUUCAUGGUAUUCAAAGCCCCAACUACCCAGCUGUAAUGUGGGGAAGAUGUAAGUUUUGGAGAAGUCAUAUUGCAGUUGAUUUCCACACAAUUUAUAAACUUGCAACCAUAGAAAUUCUUAAAUUAAGAUAAGUUUAAAUCAGAUUUAUAUUUUUUAUAGUUA